CGCGCUUUCUCCCGUGCUCGCUCUGUCCGCCGCCAGCCCGGAGGCCGCGCACGGCAGCGGAGGCUCCUCCGAGAGCCCGGCGUGCUCGGAGUUCCGCGGGGCCGGGACCGGCCCUGGGUCGCAGGGACGUCUUGGAUCCGCUGACUCUGGAGGCUCCGCCGAGUGGGGGCCGCGUGAGGCGUUGGGGACAACCGAGGAGCCUGAUGGGCACAGCACGUGUGACAGCCAGGCCCGUGGCGGCCUCGGAGGUGAAGGGCUGCAUGUGGGGCCGGGGGACACAGAUGCGCACGUGGGUCUAAACACCCCUGCCCUGUGGCAUCGGGCUCCCAGCCCUGAGAACAUGACAACAGCCCAGAACGGCCAUGGGCGAGUUGCUGCAGUCCCCUCUUCGGUCUCUGAUCCUAAAGACCCCAAAAUGGUGACUUACCCAGCGUAUCAGAAUGGGGGCUGCAGCAGCAGCCGCAGCAGCGAUGCGGAAGCCCAGGAGGCCAGACUCAGCCCUGCCAAGCUCGUGCGCCUCUUCUCCGUGAGUCGGAGGAGGACGGGCGCCAACCCCGAAAGGCCCCGCUCCAUGGUCCUGAUGGGAAGUUCCUCCACUUGGAACGCCCUUGCCUCCUUUCGGAAAAUGGGAUCUUUUAAAAAAUUGAAGUCUUCAGUCCUUCAAGGAAUUCAGAACCGAGAGGGGUCAGAGGCGGCAAAGGAAGAUGCCUCAGAACGUGACCUGGGAAAAGCCAUCGCAAACGGUGCUGCAGUCGGAAUCCAAGCGAGCAGGUGCCCUUCCUCGGGACAGGCGAGCGCCGCCCACAAGCCGGGGCCGGGGGCCGCGUCGGACUGCUCCGACCCCGAGGAGGCCGACGACGCCUUCCAGAGGAGCACCCACCGGUCCCGCAGCAUCCGCCGCGCCUACGGCCUGGGCCGCAUCAGCCUCCUGGACGCGGAGCAGCAGCAGGGGGCACACGUCCGGCCCCUGUCCCCAGUCACCCGGGAGCCCACGAUGUGUGAGAUUCUAGUGAAAGACUCUGAGAAUAACAGCAUCGUCUAUAGGAGAAGCAAGAGCACGGACAACCUCAACUUUCUGAAGAAAAGCUCCUUCAAACGGAAGUCCACCUCUAAUCUCGUGGACCUCAGGGUGGCGCCUGAAAAGCAAGCACCCCAAAGGACGCUAAGCAGCUCCUCUGCUGACUCCGAAAAGCGCGGUGGGUCAGAGAGAAGGACGAAACGCUGGAAGAGUCCCAUCAAGGCCAAGGACUGGGACCGAGUCCUGCGCCUUGUGGGCACGGCCCCGGACGCGGCCUGGAGCAGGGAGAGCCGCAGGGGCGAGGCGCCGUGGGCCGGCGAGGCUGACCCGCGCCUGCGGCCGCGCAGCAGGCUGCACGACGACUACUCCCGCCGCGAGUCCUCCAGCGCCGAGCGCGAGCGCAGGCGGGGCGCCGCCCCUGCCCAGGGUCCCCACGUGGACGUGGAGAAUGCCGUGUUUCCUCCUGAAGCCCAAGGCUCCCGGACGUCGGAAAGUGUCGGCCCCGGUGCUGGCAGCCCCUCGCCGAGCUCCAUUGCCCAGGAAGGGUGGAGCAAAGACUCCGAUGAACCACCGCUUGGCAGCCGGUUGACAUUCGUACCCGAGCAGCCUCUCACUCCUCUACGGCCCACCACCCCCAAGCCCCCUAGCCCUCAGAGCCCAGGCGCAGGAAAUGCCAAGUGUCCGAACAAUCGCAGUGCGCUGUCCCUGAGUUCAGUGGACAGUGAAGAAAGGGGAGAGGGUCCUGCUCAGAAGGAGCAAGGUCCUCUGUUCUUCCAGGUUUCGGUGCCAGCCGCGUGUGACAAAAGCAGUGAGGACCGCAGUGCCGGUAGCCUCCCUCAGCUGAGCCGUGCUGGGACCGCAGGUCCAGAAGAAAAGGAGGAGGUUGUUACUGAGGAAUCCUGGAGGCGGGGCUCAUCACAGGAGGAAGAAAGGACUGAGGCUCAGAGGAUCACCAGGAGGAGAUGGGGUUCUGGGAGAAGGUCAAGGCCUCGACCGCUCUCCGAUUAUGGCCAGUUGGCCAGCCGAAGUUUGUCUAUUCCUGAAGACUCAAUUGCUGUAGACCCCCAGAAAGAGGACAUUGUGGACGGUGACCACCAGCCACGCAUGGCCUCCACGGACCCUGCAGACCGGAACCCUGCCGUAGGCUGCCCCAAAGGAAGCCGGAGAAGACGCCCCAUCUCUGUGAUAGGUGGGGUCAGCCUCUAUGGGAACAGCCAGGCAGAGGAAAUAGAGAAUCUUCUAGCCCAACCGGCAGCCAGGCCGCCCGUGCCCACUCACCAGGUGCCACCUUACAAAGCGGUUUCGGCCCGAUUCCGGCCGCUCACCUUUUCCCAGAGCACACCCAUUGGGCUGGACCGCGUGGGACGCCGGCGGCAGAUGAGAGCAUCCAACAUUUCUUCAGAUGGAGGUACUGAGUCCUCUGCCUUAGUGGAUGACAAUGGCAGUGAGGAGGACUACAGCUAUGAAGACCUGUGUCAGGCCAACCCCAGAUACCUGCAGCCAGGUGGGGAGCAGCUGGCCAUCAACGAGCUGAUCAGCGAUGGCAGCGUGGUCUGCGCAGAAGCCCUGUGGGACCACGUGACCAUGGACGACCAGGAACUGGGCUUCAAGGCGGGAGACGUGAUCCAGGUUCUGGAAGCUUCUAACAAGGACUGGUGGUGGGGCCGGAACGAAGAUAAGGAAGCCUGGUUCCCCGCCAGCUUUGUCAGAUUGCGAGUCAAUCAGGAGGAGCUGUCGGAGAAUUCCAGCAGCACCCAGGGCGAGGAGCAGGAGGAGGAUGCGGACCAGAGCCACCACAGGCACUCCGAGAGCAAGCGCCAGAUGAGGACCAACGUCAUCCAGGAGAUCAUGAAUACCGAGCAGGUGUACAUCAAGCACCUCAAGGACAUCUGCGAGGGAUAUAUUCGACAGUGUCGCAAGCACACAGGAAUGUUCACUGUUGCACAACUAGCCACCAUUUUUGGAAACAUUGAAGAUAUUUACAAAUUCCAAAGAAAGUUCUUGAAAGAUCUUGAGAAACAGUACAAUAAAGAAGAACCUCAUUUAAGUGAAAUAGGAUCCUGUUUUCUUCAACAUCAAGAGGGCUUUGCGAUCUAUUCCGAGUACUGUAACAACCAUCCGGGCGCCUGCGCGGAGCUGUCCAGCCUGAUGAAGCAGAGCAGGUACCGGCACUUCUUCGAAGCCUGCCGCCUGCUCCAGCAGAUGAUCGACAUCGCCAUUGAUGGCUUCCUCCUCACGCCAGUGCAGAAGAUCUGCAAGUACCCUCUGCAGCUGGCCGAGCUGCUCAAGUACACCACGCAGGAGCACAGUGAUUACAACAACAUAAAGGCGGCGUACGAGGCCAUGAAGAACGUAGCCUGCUUGAUCAAUGAGCGCAAACGCAAGCUGGAGAGCAUAGACAAGAUAGCUCGGUGGCAGGUGUCCAUCGUGGGCUGGGAGGGCCUGGACAUUUUAGACCGAAGUUCCGAGUUGAUCCAUUCUGGGGAGCUGACGAGAAUCACUAAGCAAGGCAGGAGCCAGCAGCGGACCUUCUUCCUGUUUGACCACCAGCUCGUGUCCUGCAAGAAGGACCUGCUGCGCAGAGACGUGCUCUAUUACAGAGGCCGCGUGGACAUGGACGACGUGGAGCUCGAGGACCUGGAGGACGGGCGGGACAGGGACUGCAACCUCAGCCUGAAGAACGCCUUCAAGCUCGUCAGCAAGACCACGGGCGAGGUGCAUCUGUUCUGUGCCAGAAAGCAAGAAGACAAGGCGAGGUGGCUGCAGGCCUGCGGGGAUGAGAGGAGGCGGGUGCAGGAGGACCGGGAGAUGGGAAUGGAAAUUUCAGAAAAUCAAAAGAAGCUCGCCAUGUUAAAUGCUCAAAAGGCAGGACAUGGAAAGUCAAAAGGCUACAGCGGGUGCCCCGCGGCCCCACCGCACCAGAGCUUGCAUCCCCUACACCAGCGUCACGUCACCGUGCCCACCAGCGUCCCCCAGCAGCAGGUCUUUGCCCUGGCAGAACCCAAGAGGAAGCCCUCGCUGUUCUGGCACACCUUCAAUAAACUCACCCCUUUCAAGAAAUGAAGCAGAGGCCGGCGCUUCUGCUGAGGUGGACGUGGAGAGGAGAACCUUUCUUGUUUCUUCUGUGCAAAGUCCAAGAAAAGUAUGUUGGACCCAGUGCUGAGAACUUCUUUGGGGAUCAGUGAAGAAGAGAAGGAUUUGGACUCACCUUCAGUCUUCAGAGACCCAGCUGCCUCCUCGGAUGGAAGGAGAAGCUCGUGAC